UAUUUAAUUAUUUUACGCGGCAAAUAAUAUAAAGUAAAACGCAAAAGCUAAUGACAAUAAGUGCAAGUGCAAGGAUUCAAUUGUAUAUUUUGUCUUACAUUUAAAAUAAACUAUCGAUUCUAUUAUAAUAAAAAUAACUAUUGAUUUUCAAACCAUAAUGUAUGACCCAGAGUUUACUUCGAUGUUACUUAUUUAUAAAACAACAGAUUGCUAGCAUGAUAAUUUUAAUAACAGCAAAUUACAAUGAAUGAUGUUUUAAUUUUCCAUGCUUUAAAAGUUAUUUAAACGUACACGAUGGAGAAAAGCAAAGCAUUUAGUGAGAAUCCGAAGGAUAUAGAAAAGUUAGUAACAGCGUUUUGUAAACAUGAAAUACUCAUGGAGCCCGCGGUGAAGAAGUUAAAAAAAAGUGAAGUCAAGCUUGCUCAAAUAAGGGCCUAUAAGGCAAUGUGUAUAGAGCUCGAUUUGCCAAAUAUCGCAACAGUGAAGUUCCAUAUCCAAUCCUUGAAAAAAUUCUCCGCUAACAAGAUGCGUCAGUGUGUAGGCCUGUCGAUUAACCGAGGGCAUGGUGGUCACCGCGACGCGUUAAGCUAUGCGCCGGAUUGGCUCAAGAAACUUGACAAACCUUGGAAAUUGGUUGAUAAUGCUGUUAAGGCCGAGCUGGUGAGCAGCUUCAAGUACCACAGCGCGGGGCGGCGCACGGGGCAGUUCGUGGCGGGGCUGCUGCGCUGCGCCGAGCGGGCGGCGGCGCGCGCGCGCGGCCCGCACGCGGCGGCGCGCGCGCUCGCCGGCGCCGACUGCUUCCGGGAGUACGCGCUGGCCAUGAAGCUGGACGUGGACCAGCUGCACGGGAUAUGGACCCGUUACUACGACCAGGCCGUUCAAAAAUUAAUGGCCUUGAUAAAUGUUGGAGACCACUCAGAGAACCUCAGUACAAUUCAACGCUUGACGCUGCAAGACUGGCGCGUCGUCGACGUCGGUCUGAUGUACGACUUCCGUCUGCGGGUAGUUCGCGAGCCGAGCUUUAACAAUGCCAUAACUUUGUAUCCCAUGAUACUACUCUUCAAAUUAAUGGUUGCGGCCAAAGAAAAAAUUGACCAAAGAAAAGCAGCUCAGUUAAAAUCGAAUAAGACACACACUGAGCGCCAACAUAAAAAAAGUGGCGCCCAAACUGGGACCGAAGGAAUCAAUGUUCAUAAAAUUACAGAAACGAAUGUUACACCAUUGAGAAGAAAUGAUUCUGAAAAUAUCGUUUCAACAUCACAAGCGCAGACGACAAAAGAGCUAAGUGAAGAAGGAUUGUCGAUACGUAAAAAAAAUAUAAGUAACAAAGCUUGUAAUGAAUACGAAACGGCGGAGAUAUGGGCACUGGUGCACUUGAAAUACACGAAUUGUGGUCGGUCGGCCUCGGCGGUGCUGCUGCAGAAGCGUUGGUACGAGAUGAAGCAGCAGACGCGCGCGCUGCUGUUCAGCGUGAUGUCGGUGCCGCUGCUGCUCGCCAUGGCCAAGCGGUUUCCGUUCAUUUUAACCGAGACUUUACCCUCGUGGAUGGAGCUCGUGGAGAGUGAACAGGUGUUUCUGGACUCUGAUUUAGAACCGUAUAAAAUUGAACUUUUCAAUACAGAGUUGGAAGUACCGAAUAUUGAUGAAAAUGUAUUGCUUGAUGAAAUUCAUGACUGGAGUGAUGAUGAAGUCGAAAUAAUAAAUGAAAAAAGAGAAGUUAUAACAGUAACUGACUCUGACGACGAGCAGAUAAACGAUGAUACAAAUAACACACCAAAAACAGCUGACUUGCCAAUUAAUAACGGUAUAAAGAGGGAAGUAACAGAUUUAAAAACAGAAGAAGAUGACAGCAGUAUUAAAAAAAUAGAAAGCUUAAAUCCAUCAACCGCUAAAGUUAAAAUAAUUUUCGAAGACGACUCGGAUUCCGAUGUAAAUGAAUAUUUAAAUUCUUCUGAAAAUAUUUAUAGAAAAGAUAAUGAUAUUUAUUGCGAUAGUGACGAGAAACCCGACUGUGCUAUUAAAGAUUUAAAUAAUACAGCAACACAAUCUAUCAUGGAUGCUGAAGGAAAUAGAACCGAAGACAAAGACGCGGGCCCUUCAGGUGAAUGUACAAACUUAAAUGUAAAAAUACCUAAAGUUACAUACAGCGAUCAUAAAAUUGAAGCAAGUAAUCACGGAAGAAAUAAUUCAAGUAUUAAUAAAAAUGAAAAAAUUAAAGAAUCAAUUAACGCUUUUUACAAUGAUUCCUAUGAUAAACUGAAAUAUUUACAAAAUACAUCACAUACAAAAGAACCUAAUAGCUUAUCACCCGAAUUUACGAGUAAUACUAUAAAAAGUGAAACUAUCGAACAGUCAGAUGACACGAACUCACAAGUAGAAGCUACUUUAGAAAAUAAUGAAAUAAUAAAUAGCAAAAUACCUAAAAAUCACAUUGAAGACGCUAAUUGCGUUAAUGGAGCUAUCAAAAGUGAAACAAUCAAACAGUCAGAUGACACGAACUCACAAGUAGAAGCUACUUUGGACAAUAAUGAAAUAUUAAAUAACAAUAUACCUAAAAGUCACAUUGAAGAUACUAAUUGUGUUAAUGAAGAAACUAGUUCGAAUGGCCAAGUGUCCGAAAGGGAUGAAAGUGAUUCUCUAGGCUGCUCUGUCAAAUGUGAGAUUGAUUCUUUUAAUAAGGAAUCUACAAUCGUUGAUGAGAAUUUCAUAAGGCUAGCUCAUGUAGUAUUGACGCCUCUUGAAGACAUAGAGAUUUGGAGAAAAUAUUCAAAGCUCGUUAGCAUCAAUUGUAGACGAUUCAGUGUCCGAGAUUUCUCCAAACCCGUACAAAUAACAUUAAAACAAUUGGCGAAAUGUCGGCCUUAUUUUGCCCCGUAUCGAGGCAAGAAAAACAGUAUCUCGAGCCAAAAAAAAUUGGAAAUCAAUCAAAUGCCGAAAAUUUUAAAACAGAAGAGAAGAUUAUUGACCAAAAUCUUGAAGUUGCCUCGGACGUAUUUCUCGCUCAAGUUUUGGAACGAGAGGAACAUUGGAUUACUGGAAUUGUGUCGGCCUGUGUCUGUCAAAUUGGAAAGGGUAGUGCGGGUCGUGAAGAAAGUCGAACUGACUGAUAUCGAUGAGGUCCGGCGAAUCAAUAAGACGAUUUUGACGGCUCAAGUGGCUCCAAUAACCGUUGGGAGUAAUCGCACAAUUGUAAUCAAUCCAUCUAUGAAACCAUUAGCCAACUCCUUACAUACACCGGUUCAACCUGCACUAGUUCAACCUACAGUAGUUCACCCUGCACUGGUUCAACCUGCAGUGGUUCAACCUGUAGUGGUUCAACCUACAGUAGUUCACCCUACUCUGGUUCAACCUGCAGUGGUUCAACCUACAGUAGUUCACCCUGCACUGGUUCUACCUGCAGUUCAACAUGCAGUUGUUCAACCUAAACUGGGUCAACCCGCACUGGUUCAACCUGCAGAUGCUUUUACAAGAAAUCAAGUAUCCAAUGACGUGCCGACUAAAACGAAUCCUGCCCUUAAUAUUAACCUUCCCAACGAAACUGAAGUUAAAAAAAUAAAUAAGUUAAAGGUGGUAAUCGAUCCAUCUAAGAAACCUCCAGACACCCCCUCGCAAACACCGGUUCAACGCACAGAUACUUCUAAAAAUAAUCAAGAAUCCAAUGACGAGCCGACUGAAACGAAUCCUGCCUUUAAUGUCAACCUUCCCAACGAAACUGAAGUUAAACAAAUGAUUAAGGAUAUAGUGAGGAAAGGCGUGAUUGGCAAAUUACCAAUGGUGGCACAGUUUUUGCCCCUGAAGAACGAUGCCGAGUUCGGAUUGAAGCAGAGGACUCUGGACAAAGACAUACGAGAAAUAAGCACGAAGCUGUUGAAGAAUUAUGAAGUAGAACUGCAGAGGAAGAAAGAGAAAGAAACUGCUUUUAUGCGUACGGAGCUCAAGCUCGAUCCAAACAUCAAUUGCUCCCAAGAGUGGCAGCGGCAGAAGUCCCAGAAUCUUAUAUAUUUCAACUUUCGACCCGCGCCAGACGAACAAACUGAUACCGAACGAAACAAAACGGAAAAUAAAAAAAGUCAUAAUACGAAGAAAAGACAUAAAAAAACUAACAAUCGUAAACCCGCAACCAAACGUGUUGGUAUCAAUAAAGAAACAAAUCCAAUGCUCAGCGAAAAGGUUAAUCAAAUUCUAUCGAUUGAUGAAGCUGCAAGCGACGGCACCAAAGAUUUAGUAUUAAACGAUUCGUCAGCGGCUUGUGUGGACUCUAGUAAAUUAAGUGAUAGUGAUAGUGAAACGGAUAGACUUGUAAUUAAUCUAGAUAAUACAACAGACGAGGACUUAAAAAGGAAAUCUGAAGCCACACAAUCAGAUAUUCUGUGUAAAAUUGCAAAAACCAAUUCGAAUACUAUCGAGACUGAGGAUAAUACAAGAAAUAUCGAACCCAAUUGCGUUAUUGAUUUGUGCGAUGAUAGCAAUGAUAACACACACGUUCGCGGUGAUGGGGAGCAUAAUGUACUCAAUAACAAAGCAACAGAUGACGAAAGUACGCCACAAAUAAAUAUUAAAAUAGUUAAAAACAAAAUCGAGAUAGACGGCGAUUGCAAAAAUCAGGUAGCAGAGAAUAAGAGCGAGGAAGUACUAACGUUUCUAUCGAAAGUCGCGGGGAAGAUACAAGCGAAGAAUAUGACGAAAUCGGUUUCCCCCACUCCGGUCACAAACAACUCCACCGUGUAUUACGUUGUAAAAUCAGUGGACAAGAAUAAACAAACGACUGAAACAAGUGAAAUAAACACAUCGAACGUGAUCAUCUCAGAAACAAUUACGAACACAACAACGUACACACAAACAAUUAGCACAAAAGCGGAUGAAGUGAAAGACGCCAAUGUAUCGGUCACGGCUAAUUCCUCUUCGCUAUAUUAUGUAGUGAAGAUACCGGACCUUCAGAGUGAAGCGGCGACUCCUUUCAUGUCCCCCCUACCAGGAACAUUCGCCCCCCCAGUGCCUAUAAUACAAAGCGUACCCGCUAUGAAUCAAAUGCCGCAGCAACUCCAACAAUAUUCACCUCUAACCAAUUUGCCGACGUAUCCUAAUAAUUUUGGAGACGUAAUUGAUAGAAGUUACGCAAAUAAUCUGUAUAGUCUGACUUCAAUCCCAAUGCAAAGAAACAAAUCCUUGCCGAUGCCGAUAACGUCGGUGACCGCUUGGCCGAACCAGAUGGACUCGAAACUGAAACCUCUACACGUGGAAUGGCCGAUGAAUUCCAGUCAGUUGAUCUACCCGGUCACCGUAACAAGCGGUACCUCUAGAACUGAGACCAUAAAAGAUGUGACUGACGUGUCACUUUCCUCUGCACCGUGGAACCUCUCCAAGACCAAACACAGUGACGUCACAGUGAUGCCGAUCACGUCAGUUACGUCAGACUCGUCACAGGAUAAACGGACACCGUCGCAGCCUCACCCGAAUCUUGCGUUAAGUUUUCCCGCCAAAAAGUCGAGAAAGAGACGAACGUUUAUAAACGACUCUUUUAGCUAAUAGUUUUAUUUUUAAUUAUAUCUAAGAUUGUGUUGUUUUUUAUGCAGGUUUGUAUCGAAAAUGUGCGACGAGGUAGUGGCCAGCGAAUUGUCACGUGACCUUGUAAAACUAAUGCGACGCAAUUAGAUGUAUCUCAUUAUAAACCAGCCCUAAUGAAACAAAUCGUAAGGGCGUCUUCUUAUUCAAUAAAGUGCCGCGCUGCUCACUCAUCUUUGGGUUCGACAUUUAUACGUUUCACGUUAGUCUCCGACGAACAAACACUGCUUUUAGUGUUAUUAUUAUAAUGUUUAUUUUUCUGGACGACUUUCGACUUCAUCGAUAAUUUUAAAUUUGAGUGUCAUGUUUAUACUAAAUAAAAACAAGUAAAUCCUACUUGCGCACAGUCACUCGUCCAUCGAAGAACUGAUACGCGAUCGCUGGUGAAGCGCUGCAGUCGCUUUAUUUUAUAUAGAUUUACAAAGCGGCACCGACGCAACCGUGCCGCAAUUUGCUAGGCGGUCUUAUUAGUAUGAAUGAAUACUCAGUAUUAUACUUUAUUCUAAGUUGAAAUCACUAAAUGUAUAUAGUAGUAAUUAUUAUGGAGUAAUUAUUAUGGAUAUAGUGUUUGGUUUUUGAUUAAAUAAAUGGAGUUUUUUUUGGA